CCUCUAAUUCUGAGAAACGCAAGAGAUGUGGACCUGUUCUUCCUACUCCUGAUCCCGGGGAAGCUACAACAAGCCAGUAAUGGCGGCUCCGCAGAGGCGCCGGCAGCGGAGCGAGCUGCUCCUGCUCUUCACGCUCCUGGGGACGCUGUGGGGGGCUGCGACCCGGCAGAUCCGCUACUCUAUUCUCGAGGAGCUGGAGAAAGGCUCCUUCGUAGGCAACGUCGCCAAGGACCUGGGGCUGGAACCCCAAGAGCUGGCGGAGCGCGGAGUCCGCAUCGUCUCCAGAGGUAGGACGCAGCUUUUCUCUUUGAACCCGCGGAGCGGCAGCUUGGUCACGGCUGGCAGGAUAGACCGGGAGGAGCUCUGCGCUGAGAACCCGCGGUGUCUGGUGAGUUUUAACAUCCUUGUAGAGGAUAAACUGAAUCUUUAUCCCGUGGAAGUCGAAAUAGUGGACAUUAAUGACAAUUCACCCCGAUUCUUAAGAGAAGAGUUGGAAGUGAAAAUUCUCGAGAAUGCAGCUCCAUCCUCUCGUUUUCCGCUAAUGGAGGUCUAUGACCCUGAUGUGGGAAUGAACUCUCUUCAGGGCUUUAAGCUCAGCGCUAAUAGUCACUUCUCAGUGGACGUGCAAAGCGAAGCCAAUGGACCCAAGUACCCGGAGCUGGUGCUGGAUCGCUCCCUGGACCGGGAGGGAGAAGCCGCUUACCACCUGGUCCUUACUGCCAUGGAUGGCGGUGACCCUGUCCGCUCAGGUGUGGCGCGAAUUCUGGUAACUGUCCUAGAUGCGAAUGACAACGCUCCAGUGUUUACUCAGCCUGUCUACCGUGUGAGUGUUCCUGAAAAUCUGUCAGUAGGUACACCAGUGUUGUCAGUAAAUGCCACCGACCAGGAUGAAGGGGCCCACGCGGAAGUAACUUACUCCUUUGUGAAGAUUCCGGAAAAGAUCUCACAAAUUUUCCGCUUGAAUUUUUUGACUGGAGAAAUUUCAACUUCUGCGAAUCUAGACUACGAGGACACUAGCUUUUAUGAGCUGGAUAUUGAAGCCCGGGAUCGGCCAGGUCUUCGGGACAGAGCAAAAGUCUUAAUAACUAUCUUGGAUGUCAAUGAUAAUGUUCCAGAAGUGGUUGUGACAUCUGGAAGCAGAACAAUCGCGGAAAGUGCCCCUCCAGGAACAGUCAUUGCUCUUUUCCAAGUGUAUGAUCGAGACUCUGGACUGAACGGCUUGGUAACGUGUUCCAUCCCGAGAAGUCUUCCCUUUGAGUUGGAAAAAUCAGUAGACAAUUAUUAUCGAUUAGUGACAAAUUCAUUUCUAGACCGGGAGGAGGUGUCGUUGUACAACAUUACUGUGACAGCCACAGACAAAGGAAUGCCGCCUCUGUCUACAGAAACGCUCAUCUCUCUAACCGUGGCAGACACCAACGACAACCCGCCCACCUUCCCCCGCUCCUUCUACUCAGUCUAUAUCCCUGAGAACAACCCCAGGGGCGCCUCUAUCUUUUCUGUGAAGGCUCUUGACCCAGACAGCGACGAGAACGCCCUAGUCUCCUACUCCCUGGCGGAAGAUACCCUCCAGGGGGCGCCUCUAUCCUCCUUUGUCUCUAUCAACUCCAACACCGGAGUUCUGUAUGCGCUGCGCUCCUUCGACUACGAGCAGUUUAGAGACCUGCAACUACUGGUGACAGCCAGCGACAGCGGAAACCCUCCACUCAGCAGCAACGUGUCGCUGAGCCUGUUUGUGCUGGACCAGAACGACAAUGCGCCGGAAAUCCUGUACCCUGCCCUUCCCACUGACGGCUCCACGGGUGUGGAGCUGGCGCCCCGCUCCGCAGAGCCCGGCUACCUGGUGACCAAGGUGGUCGCUGUGGACAGAGACUCGGGCCAGAACGCCUGGCUAUCCUAUCGCCUGCUCAAGGCCAGUGAGCCUGGGCUCUUCGCAGUGGGGCUGCACACGGGAGAGGUGCGCACAGCGCGGGCCCUGCUGGACAGAGAUGCGCUCAAGCAGAGCCUCGUGGUGGCCGUCCAGGACCACGGCCAGCCCCCUCUUUCAGCCACCGUCACUCUCACCGUGGCUGUGGCCGACAGCAUCCCUGAAGUCCUGGCCGACCUGGGCAGCCUUGAGCCCUCUGCGGGCCCUUACGACUCCGACCUCACGCUGUACCUGGUGGUGGCAGUGACCACGGUCUCCUGUGUCUUUCUUGCCUUCGUCAUUGUGCUGCUGGCGCUCAGGCUGCGGCGCUGGCACAAGUCACGUCUGCUGCAGGUUGCGGGAGACGAAUUGGCGAGCAUGCCCGCCUCACACCUUGUGGGCGUGGAAGGGGUGCGGGCUUUCCUGCAGACGUAUUCCCACGAGGUCUCCCUCACCGCGGACUCGGGGAAGAGUCACAUCAUCUUCCCUCAACCGAACUAUGCGGACACGCUCAUCAGCCAGGAGAGCUGUGAGAAAAAUGAGCCUCUUUUGAUACAGGAAGAUUCAGGAUUUUGCAAAGAGGACGUCUCCUUUGUUCAGUUGAGGGUAGCCUUGGAUCCAUCAAUAGAGUUUUACUCCAUCAACAUUAAGUGCGAAAAUGAGUACCUCUAA